AUUUUUUUGUAAUUGCUAAUCCUAAUAAAAACAACAAGGUUUAUUAGUAACAGUUGGUAGCACUUGUCGACUGGGUGUCAUUCCGUGCUAUUCUAACCUCUAAUAAAAGUUGUAUUAAACUAACCUCAAAAAUAAGAAAAAUGCCCAUUUCUAAUGGCCCCUCUAGUCCAAUGGAAAUCAUUUUCACUGACGACGACCUCCCAUACGAAGAAGAAAUUCUUCGAAACCCCUACUCCGUAAAACACUGGCUUCGCUACAUCGACCACAAAAAAAAGGCCCCAAAAUAUGGCGUCAACAUCAUCUACGAACGAGCAUUGAAGGAGCUCCCCGGCUCCUACAAAUUAUGGUACAAUUAUCUACGAACCCGUCGCCUCCAAGUAAAAAGCCGUUGCAUCACAGACCCAGCGUUCGAAGACGUGAAUAACGCCUUCGAACGAUCCUUAGUGUUCAUGCACAAAAUGCCUCGAAUCUGGAUGGACUACUGCAGUUUUUUGACCGACCAGUGCAAAAUAACCAGAACCCGCAAAGUCUUUGAUCGCGCCCUCAGAGCCCUGCCAGUGACCCAGCACCACCGAAUCUGGCCCCUGUACCUCAAAUUCAUCCGAAAGCACGACAUCCAAGAAACCGCCAUCCGAGUCUUCCGCAGAUACCUAAAGUUGUGUCCUGAAAACGCUGAAGAGUACGUUGAAUACUUAUCAGAAGUGGGGCGUCUAGACGAAGCCGCUAUUGUUCUUGCCAAGAUCGUGAAUGACGAGAAUUUUGUGUCUCAACACGGAAAAUCUAAACAUCAGUUAUGGAACGAGUUGUGCGAGCUAAUUUCGAAAAAUCCGGAAGAGGUGCGUUCGCUGAAUGUUGACGCGAUUAUUCGCGGGGGUUUGAGGCGGUAUACGGAUCAGUUGGGGCACUUGUGGAAUUCUUUGGCGACGUAUUAUGUGAGGAGCGGGCUUUUCGAGAGGGCGCGCGAUAUUUAUGAGGAGGCGAUUCAGACGGUGACGACGGUGCGCGAUUUUACGCAGGUGUUUGAUGCGUAUGCACAGUUUGAGGAGCUGACUUUGAGUAAGCGUAUGGAGGAGGUGGCGAAGUUGCCGAAUCCUAAUGAAGAUGAUGAUAUUGAGUUGGAGUUGAGGUUGGCGAGGUUUGAGAAUUUGAUGGAGAGGAGGUUGUUGCUUUUGAAUUCGGUUUUGUUGAGGCAGAAUCCGCACAAUGUGCAGGAGUGGCAUAAACGGGUACAGCUGUAUGAAGGCAAACCCCACGAAAUCAUCAGCACAUACACCGAAGCUGUCCAGACCGUGGACCCCAAAUUAGCAGUCGGCAAACUCCACACCCUCUGGGUAGAAUUCGCAAAAUUCUACGAAAAAAACGACCAAAUAGAAGACAGUCGCUUAAUUUUCGAGAAAGCCACCCAAGUGGCCUACGUGAAAGUAGACGAUUUAGCAGCCGUAUGGUGCGAAUGGGCCGAAAUGGAAAUCCGCAGCGAAAAUUACGAACAAGCCCUCAAACUAAUGCACAAAGCCAGCACCAUGCCGUCACGAAAAGUAGCCUACCACGACGACACAGAAACAGUCCAAGCCCGACUAUAUAAAUCCUUGAAAGUGUGGUCGAUGUACGCCGAUUUGGAAGAAAGCUUUGGGACCUUUAAAUCUUGCAAGGCGGUCUACGACAGAAUAAUCGAUUUGAAGAUCGCCACGCCCCAAAUUAUAAUCAAUUACGGGCUGUUUUUGGAAGAAAACAACUACUUCGAAGAAGCGUUCAGAGCGUACGAGAAAGGAAUUUCGUUGUUCAAGUGGCCGAACGUUUACGAUAUUUGGAACACCUACCUGACGAAAUUCUUGAAGAGGUAUGGUGGAAGUAAGUUGGAACGAGCUAGAGACCUGUUCGAGCAGUGCCUCGAAAAGUGCCCCCCUCAAUUCGCGAAGUCCCUAUACCUUAUGUAUGCGAAGCUGGAAGAAGAACACGGGAUGGCCCGACACGCUAUGGCUGUCUACGAACGCGCCACCAGCGCCGUCCCUCAAGAACAAAUGUUCGACGUCUUCAACAUCUACAUCAAGAGGGCUGCAGAGAUCUACGGCAUUCCAAAAACGAGACAGAUCUACGAAAAAGCCAUCGAAGUACUACCCGAGGACAAAACUCGGGAGAUGUGCGUCAGAUUUGCCGACAUGGAGACGAAGUUGGGCGAGAUUGAUCGAGCCCGGGCCAUCUACUCGCACUGUAGCCAGAUUUGUGAUCCUAGAGUAACCACGGAGUUCUGGCAGAUCUGGAAGGAGUUCGAAGUCAGACACGGGAACGAGGACACGAUGAGGGAGAUGUUGAGGAUUAAGAGGAGUGUCCAGGCUAUGUACAAUACGCAAGUUAACAUGAUGUCGGCGCAGAUGUUGAGUUCGGCGGGUUCGAUUGCUGGGACUGUGGCCGAUUUGGCUCCGGGUGUUAAGGACGGGAUGCGACUUCUUGAAGCGAAAGCGGCUGAGAUGGCCGGCACUUCGGUGGGUAAACCGGGAAAUAUUAUGUUCGUGAGGGGAGAAACGCAAGGGGAUAAUAAGGAUAAGGUGGUUAAUCCAGACGAGAUUGAUAUUGGGGAUGAGGAUGAUGAGAACGAGGAGGAUGAAGGUGAAGAUGUACCGGUGGAAAAGCAGAGUAUUCCGGCGGAAGUUUUCGGCGGGCUUAAGAAAGGGGAUGAUAAAAUGGAGGACGAUGAAUAGAAUAUUUUGCUGUUUUAAGAUAGUGUAUUAAGUGAAUAAAAGGUAAUAUUUGCUAUAACAAAA